AUGGCGGAGCUGUCCUUAGGCCCGGCCACAGCCGAGAUCAAGAGACUGAGAAAGCCACUUGAAGAACCCAGCGACAGCCCUUGGAAAGAUGCUCCUUCCCUGGUGAAGUACUGCACCGCUCCCACGAGUAGCCCCACCUCGGGGAAGGGGCAGAAUCCGGAGCUGCUUCCCGAGCCUCCUGCCCGCCCGACUCUGCAGAACGAGCUCGUGAGGCCCGGCCUCGGGUACACUCCAUCCCAGCCCCGGCAAUGCCCGAAAGACCAGACAGUGACUCCAGUGGGAGCAGGCAUCAAGCUUUUCCUGGAGCAUUUCAGAGAAAGUUGCCAGGAUCACAGUAGAGCCAACCGUAUAGUGCCAACCCCGCCUCGAGUUCCCCUCAUCACCCCUAAUAGGAAGGCCCUCCAGGAGAGAUUGUUCAAGCAGAACCCGGUGUCGUCUUCUGCCACCCUCAACCAGCAGCUCAGGCAAGAACGAGGGACGGAAGCCAACGAGGAAACCCCAGGUCGGAAUGGUUUACCAGGACCUCAGACACCUGAAAGGUCUCCCAGCAUCAAGCCUGUGGCUAUCCCUGAAAGCGAAAUGACCAGGUCUAGUACUUUGAAAAUCUCUCUGUUAGAGGAAAAAUCCGCCAAAGUCACUUUGGACCCUGAGGUUGAGAAGCAGAUAGAGGAGCGUGAGGGGGAGAGGACCGUGGGAGAUGAAGAGAUUCUCUACAAUUCCAAUGUCAUCAAUGACGUAGGCCCGCAUCCUCUGGAGAGCAGAGAGGACAAAGACGGCUCCGAGGAGAUGGAUGACCUGUACAUUUCAUCCACGUCGUUACUGGCCUCGUUAGAAAAAAUAAUGAAUGUGAGAAGUUCCAAGGUAUUUGCUUCCUCUUCUAGUUUGGAAGUCAGAGAUAGCAGUGCAAAGGAUGAAAGCCCAAAGGCUGGAAAAGUCCAGAGGACUCGGGUCCCAAGGGCCGAGUCUGAGGAUAGCCUCAACUCUGGAAAUCACCACGUUAUCUAUAGCAUUAAUUCCUACCGCUCUCGCUCUCGGAGAUUCAAAGGGACCGAACGCCCUUCCACAAAGCACAUGAAUGUUCGCAGAGAGGACGUCUCCUCGAAAACGGAAGAGAGGAAGAACGAGCCAUCCCGCUACCAAGUGAAUGUCAAGCAGAAAAUGCAGGAGCUGAACAGAAAGAUCAAUUUGCAGCGGACUGUGAUCUAUCAGGUCUGCCAGGCUCUGAAAUGCUGCACUGACAAGCACUGGAAGGGCUCCUUGGAAGAGGCAGAAGCCGAGAGACUCCUCCUGAUCGCGACAGAGAAGAGAGUGGCUUUGGUUGAAGAGCUGAAUAAACUGAGGGCCCAGGGGCCUCAGCAAUGGCCCAGAGCCAGUCCCACAUCUGGCGAGCUGGCUCCAUCCAGGGUCUCUAUCACGCUCACGGAGUUUCAACUGCCUCUGAAAGCCGAGUUUUUCUGUGACCCUGAUAAAAGAGCAGAAGCAACAAAGUACUACUUAAUUAUGCUGAAAGCAGGGGCCGAGAAUAUUGUUGCAACACCUUUGGUGAGCACUGCAGACUCUCUCACUGGAGACUCUCUGACGUUCAGCACCACGUUCGUUCUGCAAGACAUGUCCAGUGACUUUGAAAUCAGUGUUGAAGUUUACAAUUUGUUCCAAAAGAAAGCUUUCUGGCCGUCUGACAAGAAGAGAAAGACUCCCAAGAUCAUGAAGCGAUUCUUGACCUCCAUCACUUCUAAAAGAAAUCUCCAGUCUUCAAUGAUGGCAAGCCCUGGGAGCCUCGACACUGUGCGCGACAGCAAUUUUGUACUCCUUGGAUCUCACACCCUCUCGCGGUCUUCCAUAGGAAACACCAAAUUUGCUUUGGAUAAGAUACAUUUUAAUGAAAAAGAGCUACAGCUACUGGGUUAUAAAUUCCUGAACAAGAUACCUUUCUUGUGUCCUUUGGAAGGUCAUAUUUACUUAAAAAUAACGUGCCAGGUGAACUUUGUGGAAGAAAAGGGCUUUCUGACCAUAUUUGACGACGUCGGUGGGUUUGGAGCUUGGCAUAGGCGUUGGUGUGUUCUGUCUGGAAACUGCCUCUUUUGCUGGGCUUACCCGGAAGAUGAGAAGCAAAAGACCCCCAUAGGGAGUAUAAACUUGGCCAAUUGUACCAGUCCUCAGAUCAAGCCAGCCAACCGAGAAUUCUGUUCCCGAAGCAAUACAUUUGAAUUAAUUACUGUCCGACUGAAAAGAGAAGAUGACAAAGAGACUCUGGUCAGUCAGUGCAGAGACACAGUCUGUGUCACCAAGAACUGGCUAUCUGCUGAUACUAAAGAAGAAAGGGACCUGUGGAUUCAGAAACUGAAUCAGGUCCUAGUGGACAUCCGCUUCUGGCAGCCUGACACCUGCUUCAAGGCUGUGGGGGAAGGCCUGAACCCCUAUGGGAGGGAGCCGGGACUGGUUCUUGAUGCCAGUAGAGGCAAGCACUGA